AUGCAGUUUACAACACUCUUCCUCGCCGCGCUCAGCGCCCUCUCCGUCUCUGCGAAGCCGUCAUGGAUGGGCGACCAGAUCACUGUCAAGGAGGAGUAUAAGGUGCCCGGCGAUAACCCGCUGUACUUCUGUGGCGACCCAGCAGAUGAUAUUCUGAAGAUCGAGAAGGUCGAUUUGAACCCGAACCCACCCAAACCGGGCGAGAAGCUCACUAUCAAGGCAACGGGCGACUUCAAAGAGGAAGUUGGCGAGGGUUUCAAGAUGCACCUCCAGGUCAAAUACGGCCUCAUCACGCUCAUCAACCAGGAGGCGGACGGCUGCGAAACGAUUGGCAAGGCGGAUCUUGAGUGCCCACUUGACAAGGGCGAGAUGACUUUGACUAAGGACGUUGAUCUGCCACGGGAGAUUCCUCCGGGCACGUACACCGUUCUCGCAGACGUGUACACCGAAGAGGGCGACAAGAUUACCUGCCUUACCGCUAAGAUUGCGUUCCACCGGUAA